GCCAAUGGCAGCGAUAAAAGAAACGUCCAUUCCUUACAAUACUUCCGGCCAGCCAUUUCUUUCAACGUGCGUCGUUGUGUUGUGAGGAUGGCACCAAGGUACGAAUUGGCCGUCGGCCUCAAGAAGGGUCACAAAACCACGAAGAUACGUGUCGCUAAAAACAAAUCUGAAAAAGAAAAGACCGUUACCAUCCGCCCAGCUAGGCUCAAGGGCCGUCAAACAAAGCACAGCAAAUUUGUACGUGACUUGAUACGAGAGGUAACUGGACAUGCUCCAUAUGAAAAACGCGCCAUGGAAUUACUGAAGGUGUCUAAAGACAAACGAGCUCUGAAAUUCCUGAAGAGAAGGUUGGGAACUCACAUCCGUGCUAAAAGGAAGCGUGAGGAGCUUGGAAACAUUUUGGUCCAGAUGAGGAAGGCUGCUGCCCACCACUAAACAACUGUCUCCAAAAAACAUACGUUAAAUCAAUAAAAAAUUUCAACACCAA